UCUAGACGUCUUGAAGACUUUGGAGAUGCGCAUGAGCAGCGGAAGCACUCGAGAUAAUCACGUUCACGUAUGCUUUGCGAGAAUCAAUGCCCUGACUAACAGGCUAGUAGUUAAGCAUCUUACAUGCGUGUUUCUCGCUACCCGUUCGACUGAUCUGAAUUCUUGUUCAGCUCAAGUAUCUUCAUUGAACCAGAUUUCCGCUUCACAGUAUUGCUACUCAGGGAUCCUUUUCUGGGUGUUACUUUUAGCUCUUGCCCGGUCUUUGUGGCACUCUUCAAGGAUGCACUAAAGUGGAACCGAUCUAUGAUUCGGAUACAGUGCGCAUUUCAGCUCUAUGACAGCACUCCUCGGUGCACGAUCUAUGACGAGCAACUCGGCAUCAACCAAGUAAUUCCAACUGUAUUGGGGAUUCCCUGUCAGCUCUCAGGGAAAUAUCCGGAUUCCCUCCUCUCUCAUCAGUGACUUCUGAAGAAUCAAUGAAAGAGCUCCUCAAGCUACAGCAGUUGCGACCUGUGGUGACAACAGAAUGUUGGCAGUAUUAGAACGAUGCAAUGACGCGAGAUUCGAAGAGAGCACUCCCUACAACACCAAUUGUAAAGAUGCGGAAUUGUAUACAACGUAUCGGCCUGUCCGUUGUAUCUCCUUCAACAGAAUGGCAAGUUUUGCAAUCCUCAUCCAUGCCUAUGUCCGUAGCUGGAGCUCGAGAAAAAACCCCAAGAAGACAGGGAAAAGACUGAUCGCUUCUGCAGCUUCUUGUUGUAGAUCGCAUCGGUGGUAUAGCAGCCAUGGUGCAUGAAUGACUAAGAAUAUUUCUCAGACCAUGAAGCACGUCUGACGAAAAUCAUGAGCAAAGCUGAUCCUCUGUAUGCCGCUCGCUCUGCGUGCAACAAAUGAAUGAAUAAUGGCAAUGCAAUUCUACUGGCCUUCAUGAACUGAUUGGCACCUGAAAGUUUAUAUUUAAAACAAUGAGCAAAUGUGGG